GCACCAACCCCAAAAACCUCUACAUACUACACAGACACUAUCAUCACUCUGCCACUCGUUCAAAACUGAGCCAAGGAAAGCUGCAAGGACUCCAAAAAGGCUUUACCGGAACUGGGGUCAAAAUCUAUAUAGAAGAAAAUCCACCUUCAGCAGCUGGUUUGGCGAGAGAACGGGCCGGCAAGCAAAAAGAGGAGGAGAGAAAAGUGACUGGAAUGAUAAGAUGAGAAGGAAUGUGCUGCUGAAGCGCUCCCCUAAUAAGGCCCUCCUGGAAUUGCUGCUGCUGUUGUUGCUGGGCUGGCGUGUCCUCGCUGUUUGUCCCUCCAUGUGCACUUGCAGUCGUAGUCACCGGGAAGUAGACUGCUCCUGGAGAGGGCUCAGACUAUUGCCUGACGGUUUGCAGUACAACCUCCGCACCCUCAACUUGUCCCAUAACCGUUUUCAUAACUUGGAUAUCCAUCUAACACCAUACACACAUCUAAGAGUCCUUGAUUUGUCUUACAAUAGGUUGAUUCACCUCCCUGCAGGACUUCCAAGGUCACUCUGGCAGCUCUACGCGUCCUACAAUCGUGUUCAACUUUUGGAAAAGAAUGACACUGCUUAUCAAUGGAAUCUGCAAGUUCUUGAUCUGUCAUAUAACAAGCUUGAACGUGCAGUCUUCAUAAAUAACACCUUAAUAAAUCUGCGUACGCUUAACUUGAGUCACAACCACUUCUGGACUAUUCCUACCAAUAUGCCAGCUCAACUUGAUACUAUAGAUCUAUCCAACAAUCUGCUCGUAAGGGUCCUACCAGGGUCCUUGGACAGACUACCAAGGUUAACCCACUUUUACCUUCAAGCUAACCGCUUCACCACGAUGUCUUUUGGGGUGCUGGACAAGCUCACAUCACUUCGAAUCAUACAUUUGGGGAGUAACCCUUGGGCCUGCCACGUACCAAAUGAAAUUGCCUACAUCGCGUAUUGGGCGCAGCAAACUUCGGCACGAGUCCUUGGUUGCCCCUGUCAUACACAGUCUAUCUGCGGCGGAGUGCGUGCUGGAAGAACCGGGGGAUGGCACUUCGCAUCCUACGAUCUACCGCCACUUGCUGCUAGUGCGCAAGGCCACAACUCUAUGACCCCUAGAGCCAGCGAGUCUGGAAAGUGGUAUCAGCCAUAUACUACCCAGGACUACAUGACCACUCCAUACUACCCUAUCUACCCUACAUUCUCAACUAAUAACAAACUAACACUUCAAACUAUAGAAGACUUUUUAGACACUGAUUCAUAUCUUCAUGUGACAGAAACUUCCCCCAUUUCUGAUACAAGUGACAUCACAGAUAUGGCUGAUGUGACACUUGCUGCAAACACAUACUUUACAACAGAGAGCCCGUCCACCCACACGAAGAAAACCACCACACUACGCACCAGAAGUGUCAGGAGGCAGAAUCCUGGUGGUGGUAUCAGCAAGUCUGGAUCAGCAUUAGCCAUGUGCUCCACUCUCUUGCAUAGUCUGGGCCUCCUGUCAAUUAUUAUCCUACAACAGGGACUUUGAAGAUCAAUAGAUGCCUUGAGAAAAAUAAGCCGAGAAAAGCACAUGAUGCAUGAAGGUGUUUAUUUUUACAACUUAACAUGUUUACUUAAUUCUUUGCGCACCUCUAUCACAUGGCAUUUAUGAAACUUUUGUAUUUUUUCCAAAAGGCUGACAGUUUUAGCCUUUUAAUGCUAUUUAGAGGCCUAGAUCCUGUGUUCUUAUGUUAAAAAAAACAUCUUCUGUCAGUGGGCCUUAACUUAACUGAACAGGCCGGCUAAAAUUCAAGCUAAUAUCAUCCAGUUUAAAGCAAAAUAAGCGAACAGAAUAUCUUACUAUGUGACAAAUCAUGCAGCUAAAUGUCAUUUGAUCACCACUAGCCAUUUAAUGAGGCAUGUAGCGCUGUGAUACUAGCUAGAUUUAGAAGCAUGGGGGUUUUGCAAACAGACUUUAUUUUUGCACAUUUUGCACUUUUGACUAACCAAGAGUGUUAUACUUGGGAGGUGUGAGAGGUUUUUGUUAAUGACUAACACUUGUCAAAAACACUUGUGGAUUAACUUAAAGCACACAUUAGCUUUAGUUGGAAAUGUGACUGAAGUGGUGCUACAUUUUGUUACCUACUUUUGUUAUGGUCUAAAAGGUUUAUAUUCAUUCAACUAUGGUAGGCCAAAACCUAGCCAUACUAUGAUAAAGUUGCAUCACUUUCUUGAACAAACUCUGAGAGUGCUUAGCGUCGCUUAUGCAUUUAGCUCACAUCUCAGACUAAAGUGUCCUUCAUGAUUCAGCGACGCUGAGAAAAUGAUCUGCAUGGUGAUUGAACGUUCCAGGAAUGCUAACCCACCGUUAUACCGGCACAUGGCAUUAAAGCACACUCGGCCGGCCUAUUUAUAUGAAAGGUUAAAAUAUUCACAAGUUGAUGUCAUUGAGUUUAGCCCACACACUUUUCCUACAGAAGUGGUCUCCUGAGGGUGAUAAGAAGAGAGCACCGUGGAUAACUACAUUUUCUAGCACAAUUUCUAUGCUA